AUGCGGUCCAAUUAGAAAAUCACAUGCUCAACUCUAUACCGCUCAUCUCUCAGCCGUCUGACGGUCCUACGCUAGUGCUCUCCGUUUCCAUCUCCUCUUCCCUGGAGCAAUCUACACCGUGCCGUUCGUCCUGAGGUCUGUCUGAACUGGAUGAGUGCAUCAAGAGAGAUGGAGAGAGCUUCAAAGAGGAAGAUAAUGAAUGCUUCACUUCUUUCUUUUCUUCCAGAGGAAAUUCUUCUCGAAAUUCUUACCAAGCUUCCUGUUAAAUCUUUACUACAGCUCAAAUGUGUUUGCAAAUCAGCUUAUUCACUGUUUGCUGAUCCUUCUUUCAUUGAGCUGCACCACAAUAUGUGUUCAACUCUUCCGGGUAAGACGAGCAUUCUAAUGCAUUUUCCAACUCGCACCAGCAUGACUCGUCAUGUGUAUUACACUAUAAAUAUGAGUGAAGGAAGCCAAGGAAAGCUUCGAUCUUGCUAUGUUCCGUACUUGGAAAGGAAGCUGUUUCGAAAACAUCAUUUACGGUCCUCUGCUAAUGGUUUGGUUUGUCUAUACAAAAAACCCCAUGAUGUCAUUGUUUGCAACCUUUCUACUAGACAACAUAUAUCACUUCCGGAGGCACAUGAAGUGCAUGGAUCAAAAUCUCCAAAAUCAGGUUGUGCAUUAUUAGGUUUUGAUCCAGUUUCAAAAACAUUUAAAGUUUUAAAGUCAGUGCAAUAUCUGGAUUCCCGUGAUGUGCAGAAGCAUUGGAUUUUUACUUUGGGUGUGGAUAAGUCAUGGAGGGAGAUUAAUAUUGAUUCAUAUUUCCCACAUUGCUCUUUCGACUCCUUCUAUUCCCACUCUAGUAGUGUUUAUGUUGAGGGCGUUAUCUACUCACUAAAUUGGCAUAGAGGAAAUAUUGAUGAUUUUUCUAGGUGCGAUGAUAUUGCAGCAUUUGAUGUUAGGACUGAAAAUUUGAGCAUGAUAUCUUUCCCCAGUGGAUUGCCAAGACAGGAUUUUUACUCGUCAGACGUCUUCUCAAGAUCAGGAUUGGUUGGACUGGAGGGUCGACUAGCUAUCAUUCAGGUUUGUCCAAACAACGACAACAAGAUGAAAAUAUGGACUUUGAAAAAUUCUAUGCAAUGGGAGAACAAGUGGACGAUGCCCAUCCCAUUGGAAGGGAGAAAGCUACUAGGCCGAGCUGAUUUGCUACGUUUUGCUUCAACCCAUGCUGGGGAAAUUGUGUUGGUGACUUUAGGGAGGAAAACAAUUUCUGUUUUGAUUUAUGGAUUAAGAAUGCAGGUUUGGAGAGUGUUUAAAGUACGUGGACAUUUCCCAACUGAUAAUGAGGCAUGGAAAAAUGUCAUGCACAUCGUUCCAGAGAGUAUAUUUUCCCUCAUAUAACCCCAUCCUUGUCUUUCCAUUAAUAAUAUUUUUAUUUUUAUGUCCAUGAUUCAAAUUUGAGAGUUUAGGCUAGUGUUAUAAAUAUUGUUCUUUUUGUGUGUUUUUGUUAUUCAUGCGAAUCAUGCUAGCCUGCUAGGAUACUUUGUCCGACAAACAUUUUACGGAAUAUUAUUUAACUCACAACAUGUCCAUGAUUCAAA